UUCUGCGCGUCAUACUUGCUGCUGUUCCAGGUCGUGUAUAUCAAGCAAUAGGUGAAAAAAGUAAAAAAAAAUCAAUCUGCUAUUUAUUUUUCAAUCAACUCUAAUUGUUUCAUUCCCGCAGGCAAUAUAUUGAAUUAACUGGCGGACUUAAAUACCGGAACCAAGAAUCAGUGUGUGGUUAUGUCGAAUAGUCAGACUUACAAUCAAAACAUGGAUCCAUCCAAAAUAUGGAUACGAAAUACGGGACCGGGCAGUAUGCGAAAGUAUCCCCCAAGACAUCACUAUAAUCGAAACCAUCGAAAACCAAUCGAACCGACCCAAUCAAUGCAAAAUACCAUAACUGUUCGACCGGCGACAGAAAAAGUGUGUAAUACAGCCGAAUUAAAUCCGCACCGCUCAUCACAAGACGAAAUAAGUGAUUCGGUCAUUUUUCAAAAACCAAAAAAUCCAAAGGGUCCAGCGAGCGAUAAGCGUGCAUCAAAUAUGUUAACAUUGGGCGAAACAAAUAAAUCAGUGGGUACCCAACAAUCGAACCAAUUCAUAAAAAAUCGCAAUACAGAAGAAUGGUCGUCGAGUAUGUUUGCAAUAGAUAACAAGAGUCGGUCAAAUGUAUUUCAAAAGCGCGAUGACACCGAGAAAAAUUUAGUAAUUGACAUCAGUGAUACAACACUCUAUGAAUCGUGUCGAGACGACAGUGUGGGUAAUUAUACCAAAUUUGAGAUAAGCGGAAUAAAACCACUGGAAAUCACGCCAACAGUUCAAUUGGAUGAAACGGUGGACAAGACUCUGGUCGGACCAAUUGAAACAUCCACAACUUUCACACUCCCCGAGCUAUCACCCGUGCUAUCAGACAUCUCCGAUGAUGAUGCAAUUGCCGAAAGCACCGUCAUCGAACAUAAUUCGACAGAAGGGCAUAACACUUGUGUACGCAUUGAAAAAGCAGCAAGUGAUCUAUGGAAUUUGAACAUUGGAAACAAAGCAAAGAAAACGCAUGAAAUAGAUACCGAUCUAACGCUGGUACCAACAUACUUGCAAUUCACGGCGGAGAAAAUUAAGAAAACACCACGAUUACAUACAAAGCCAAACAUAAUGCCAUUGGCCAAAGAAAUGCUGCCGUCAACAUCGACCGAUGAAUUCAUUCAGGUGGUGUACAUGCGUGAAACGACCGUUAAUCGACUCAUCAAAAGUGGAUACAUUAGCUUUGUGCAAGGAAAACUACAUUAUAUCGAACAAGACACCGAUGACAUCUAAAUUUGUGACCAGAGUCACAUUUGGAGGAUACGUAUAAGGACACAGACAAAGGAGUUCAGUUACUUCGAUACAAAUUGACCAUAGACAGUUGUAAACAUAGAUUUUUUCAUGUAUAAGUUUAUAACGAGAGAAAUACACCAUUAAAGUAUAGAGAAAUUGCUUCCCACUCUGUCACACAAUCGGUA